CCUCUUCCUCCUCCAAGGAGGAGGAGUCUUGAGGAGGAGUCAGAGCUCCGGCAUAAAUGCGUUUCCCGUCCUCCCUCCCUCCUCUUUCUCCUCUUGGUCGCGGUAGAAGCAGCUCAUCUUCGUCAUGGGGUUCGGGGACCUGAAGUCUUCGUCUGGGCUCAAAGUUCUGAACGACUUCCUGACGGACCGGAGCUUCAUCGAGGGGUAUGUCCCCUCUCAAGCGGACGUAGCCGUGUUCGAGGCCGUCUCGGCUCCACCCCCUGCUGACCUGUGCCACGCCCUGCGGUGGUACAACCACAUCAAGUCCUACCAGGCCCAGAAGAACAGUCUUCCAGGUGUGAAAAAGCCUCUGGGUCAGUACGGCCCCACGGGUGUAGCGGACACCACCUCCAGUGGCCCUGCUGCCAGCAAGGAUGAAGAUGAUGAUGACAUUGACCUGUUUGGCUCUGAUGAAGAGGAGGACACGGAGGCCGCUAAGCUGAAGGAGCAGCGUCUGGCCGAGUACGCCGCUAAAAAAGCCAAGAAACCCGCCCUCAUCGCCAAGUCCUCCAUCUUGUUGGACGUGAAGCCGUGGGACGACGAGACGGACAUGGCGAAGCUGGAGGAGUGCGUGCGCAGCAUCCAGAUGGACGGGCUGGUGUGGGGACAGUCCAAACUGGUCCCGGUGGGUUACGGCAUCAAGAAGCUGCAGAUCAGCUGUGUGGUGGAAGACGAUAAGGUGGGAACGGACAUCCUGGAGGAGCAGAUCACAGCCUUUGAGGAUUACGUUCAGUCCAUGGACGUGGCAGCAUUCAACAAGAUCUGACAUGUUAAUAAAAUCAUCAAACUGUC